UGAUGGGCUACCUCGUUACAAGCUUAUCAAAGUAUCUGGUCUGCCAAGGUGAACAGGAUAAAGCACGGCUACUUUCUGAUCUGGCCAAUCUCGGAUUCUGGAGCGAUCAUGACGACCUUACCUUUCCUUUCGGUGCAGCCGCACGAGACAUCAUCCAGCAAGCGCUUUCCCCGCACAAGACAGGCUCCAAAAGCAUCCACGCGGGCCUCAAGUACUACCAUCUUGUCCGAAACAGCGUCCUUGGUCAGAUCAUCGAUUAUCAUUGUCAUGAGAAGCUGCCUGAGAAGCCACUGGUUGGAGGCGAGUCGCUCCCUACUGGGAAACGGGACAACAGCAACAACGAUGAAGACGAUGAAGGGAGUCCCAGUGCUUCAGACUCGGCUUCUGGGUAUGCUCCUUGAAUAAGGAGACCUCGUUUCGGCCUUUUGACUGAGCCAUCCAAGGAAUCAUGAAGACGAUCGCAUGGAGCGGGGUACCUGGCUACAUGAUCUUUACCAAUAUACCUCAUCCUGACACUUGCCAAGUACCUGGUGAUAAGGGUGGUAGGUAAAGGUCAGCAUGGCACCAGUGAUGCCGUUCGAAUCUUCACAGCUUUUCUUCCACCAAUAUUCCCGGCGAAAAGAGCUUGCUGCACCUAAGUACUACUUGGUUGGGUACUACUAGUACUAGGUAGUACUAGUCUUCCAUUAAUACUCCCGGCGAAAAGCGCUUGCUGCACCUAAGUACUUCUUGGUUGGGGUACUACUAGGUAGUACUAGGAUUGUCAUAGCAAAGUUGAGACGGAGUAGGGUAUCUA